AAAGCUCUGCCAAAUUGAGUGCUCUGAUGUGACUUUUUCAUCAAGUCAAUGUUCCUGGGAUCUCUUGUACAUGAUAAUCUCACUCUUGUAAGGUUUCAUCGUUUCUGCUUACCCUACUUUUCUUUCCCAUCCUGAUCCCUCUCCCACCAGACCGGACUCUGAAACGGGCAUGUACAGAGAAGAGGAGACCCCAAUACGCUUCAAGCUUUGAGCGGAGAGGACACAGCCUCUGCUGGGACAGGGAACAGAGGGAUGCGGAGACCCUGAAGAUGCUUUUGGACAGUGGUCUGAGGUUGGGACAGUGGCAGGAGAUACCAUUCACCCAGGAUCUCCAGGACAAGAGAUCAGCCUGGCAGUUACAUGUGUUUUUGUUCAAACUAGUUGCCAGGUUGGCAUGAACGAUGACAUCAGAGAUUCCGACCUUCCUGAUUGGAGGGACCGGACUCUGUCGGCACCUGGCAGUUCAGUUGGACAACAGUAACUUCUCAGAGCUGUUCUCCACUCCUGACUUCUCCCAGCCUCGAGAAUUGAUAACACACUCUUCUGGAUCCCAGCAGUGUCCAGAAGAAGACCAAGGACAGAACAGAGACUAGGUUCGGUGAGAUGGGACAGAUUUUGGGAAAGAUCAUCAUGAGCCAUCAACCGCAGCCCCAGGAAGAGCAGAGCCCCCAGCGGAGCACCUCAGGGUACCCCCUCCAGGAGGUGGUGGAUGAUGAAGUGUCGGGACCAUCAGCCCCUGGGGUAGAUCCCAGCCCCCCACGUAGGUCCCUUGGCUGGAAAAGGAAGAGGGAGUGUUUGGAUGAAUCUGACGAUGAGCCAGAGCAGGAGCUCACCCCUGAGCCUGAGGAGACCUGGGUGGCGGAGACGCUGUGUGGCCUCAAGAUGAAGGCGAAGCGACGGCGAGUGUCGCUCGUGCUCCCUGAGUACUACGAGGCCUUCAACAGGCUGCUUGAGGAUCCUGUCAUUAAAAGAUUCCUGGCCUGGGACAAAGAUCUGAGGGUGUCGGACAAGUAUCUCCUGGCUAUGGUCAUAGCGUAUUUCAGCCGGGCCGGCCUCCCCUCCUGGCAAUACCAACGCAUUCAUUUCUUCCUGGCUCUCUAUCUGGCCAAUGACAUGGAGGAGGACGACGAGGCCCCCAAACAAAACAUCAUCUGCUUCCUGUACGAGGAGACCCGCUCUCAUAUAUCCUUGCUCCAUGAGCUUUGGUUCCAGUUAUGCCGUUACAUGAACCCGAGGGCCAGGAAGAACUGCUCUCAGAUAGCCUUGUUCCGGAAGCAUCGGUUCCACUUCUUCUGUUACAUGCACUGCAGGGCUUGGGUUUCCCUGGAGGAGUUGGAAGAGAUCCAGGCUUAUGACCCAGAGCACUGGGUGUGGGCGCGAGAUCGCGCCCACCUUUCCUAGAGCUCCAGGGACCAUGGAGGCCUGAGGUCAUCGGCCUGAGAGAAGGUACAUCUGCAUCCUCCGGGGUAAAGGCAGAAUAUUGGGGUCUAUUUCGGAAAUCCAAGGAACCCAAUUGCUUGAUCUGGCUUCAAGCCUGGGCAACGUGGCGAGAUCCCCUCUCCACAAAAAUACAAAAAUUAGCCAGGCGAUGUGGGAGGCAUCUCUACUCCCAACUACUCAGGAGGCUGAGGCAGGAGGAUCGCUGGAGCCUGGGAGGUCGGGGCUGCAGGGAGCCCUGAUCCUGCCACUGCACUGAGACCGUGCCUCAAAAAUAAUCAUAAAUACUGAGUUCGGGGAGGUUCAUUAUGAUUGACGCACUUGAGUUACCGAUUUGGGUCGAGGGUUCAGUGAAGCUUUGGUUUACAUCUUGUGCAGCUAACCAUGUUGAGCACAGAGCAUGAGACUUCGUCAUGAGGAGGGAGGAUUAUGGAUUAGGCUUCUGGACUCGUGGUUCCUGAUGUUGUCACAUUAGAAACAGAUCUAGCACGGUUACAAGUUUAGAUCUGAAGUGACACAAAAGGCCCCAGCUGUGACGAAGUCCAAAGCCACAUUCUCUGAGGGUGCCCUACUCCCUGGGAAGACCCACCCAAAGUCCUUGCUAUGAAGCAGAGCACUGGGGCUGACCUUGGGUGUAUUAAGUUUUGGAGUCAGGGUCACCAAAGUGUGAGUUUCACAGUUGAACACGAUGGUUCAGAAGCAGGGUAUAGAAUGAAAGGCAGGAGAUAAAACUGCACUUCUCAAUUGCUCUGAACUCUAGCUAGACUUGACAUGGGACGUGAAUAACCUUCCUGUCUAGAGAGCUGCCUCCUUGAGGUGUGACAUUGUCUCUCUCACUUCCAGAACACCGGACCCAGGGGAGAUGUGGAUUUUCUGCAGGAACUUUAUUCCAGUGCUAAUGGCAGACAUCAGGAAGGAGGAGAGGGACCAUUUGUGCAGAUCAUCUAGAAGAACCUGGACCAUUCUUGACAGAGCUGAAUACAGUGAUCACGUUGUCCUCCAAGGAGCAGGGGUGGGGUGGGGUACUUCUAGGAGUCCUUGGAGAAAAGUAAGAAACCAGGAGUGUUUCCAGUUCCACCCUUUCCUGCGGCGCCACCUCCCUUUUUAUAUUGCUGAAUGCCAACCUCCCUGGGACGGAACCUGGAGGUCCUGUUUCUUACGGACUUGCUUGCCACAGUCCAGGAGCAUUUGAAGGCACAGUGCAGGGGCUCAGAUUGGCACAGAAUUCUUUGUGAAAUAUGAGUGCCACAGACUGUAACAGAUAGCUUCAUGCACACUAUGCAUUUUAUUGGUUUGUUUGGAAAAUGUUGGCCAUUGAAUUAUUAAUAGGUUUAUUUCAAAUAGUUUGGAAAUUGUUGUACUUUUGAAAACAUGCUGUUCCUGUAGAGUUUUUUGAUGAGAGUUAUAGUUGUUAUAUAUACAUAAAGAUAAUUUUCUUUUCA